AUGGGAGAGGAGCUAUGCGACACUCAGCUCACCCUAGCCAUCAAAGGUGGCGGUUUCUCAGCUACCCAACACAGCUAUCGCCGUGAAGUGACGAAGCCUCCGGUGAGACUCCACUUGUGUUUUCCUCCCUUUCUGAAGAAAGAAGAAGAUGAAGAAAGGGAACAGAAGACAAACUCAAUGGAGUUGAAAAACUUGCAGAUGAAUAAAUCAAAGAACAAAAAAGAAGACAACGAAGACGUGCAUGGCAUGAUCAGGAAGAAGCUCAGACUUACUAAUGAACAAUCCACCUUACUCGAAAGAAGCUUCUGCAGCCACAAAACCCUCACUUCUAUUCAGAAGGAAGAGCUCGCAAAGAAGCUCGGGCUUCGUCCCCGGCAAGUUGAGGUCUGGUUCCAGAAUAGAAGAGCAAGGACUAAGUUGAAGCAAACAGAAGUGGAUUGUGAGUUAUUGAAGAGAUGUUGCGACAAUCUGAGCGAUGAGAACAGGAGGCUGAGAAGGGAACUGAAUGAGCUUAGGUUCUAUGCAUCAAAGGUUGAAGACAUGAGGGUUUGUCCUUCCUGUGAGAGCCUUAUGGCUGAGGAGGAGGAGAAGAAGCCUGGGGUUCUUCAGCUAUGCAUUUAA